UUCCUCACACACCUGAGAGAGCGAGAGAGAGAGAGAGAGACUACCAGGGUCCUCGCAGCACACCACAGCCCAUCUCUUGCAAAGUAGUGCCCAGUGGCAGUUUGGCAAGAAGCCAGUUACUUUCUUAACCAAAUCGAGGGAGGGGGCGCGCACGGUGCGUGUGACGGGCAACUGACGUUCCCAACUGUUCUCUCCGGCAACGGAAGAUGCACACUAUGGAUGUUUGUGUAAUCGCUGGAGACGGCAGUUUUCUGCAUUUUAUUAACGACGGACACGCCUCGUCAGUUGCCUUGCGUCCCCACGGAACAUCAUGCGAGUAGGAGCAACGCACCCAAUGCCAUGCUGAGCAACUCCCCGACUUUUCUGCUGGCCCUAACCACGGUAGCUGGACUACUCCAGCGGUGCCACGGCUGGAGCGACGAGGACCUCCUGUUACCCCCCAUCAACUCCACCAACAGAUUCUUGGCCAACUUGGAGGUAGACGUGCACUACUCGAAGAGAUCCGUGGAGGAGAGCGAAGCCUCCUCGUCAGACACUUCGUUACAGCCGUUGCCACAGUGCAACGUCAGCGUGCAGAGACUUUUCCCCACCUCGCUAGUGGCUCGUUGGGACAGCAACUUCGGUUUCCAGUGCGAUGUGUUUAUAUAUACCGCCAAUAACCAUGGAAGGGCUUUUUUCUCUGCUGCUAUCAACAGAGCCAUCUCACCUGUUCUCAUCGAACACCUCGGAGUCACCGGCGGCCAGCAGGAGUUUAGACUGUGUGUUGGAUGUGGCAUGUCACGAUACCGGCGAUUCGGCAAGUCAAAGGCUCAGCAGACGGGGGAUCCCAUCAAUUUCUGCUGUGUUGACUUCAGCCUUGACGAACUAAAUGGGGACAAAAGUUGGAGAUUGAACCGUAAACCCAUCGAGUCAACUCUAGUGGCUUGUUUCAUGACUCUAGUGAUAAUAGUGUGGAGUGUUGCUGCCCUCAUAUGGCCGGUGCCUAUUAUUGCAGGAUUUCUGCCCAACGGAAUGGAACAGAGAAGACCGAGAUAAAGAAUUCUGGAGAUAAGCCCCCAAGCCAAGAGGCAAAAAAUACUGUAGAAUACAUAUUUCAACGUUUUUUUCACAUUCGACCCGUAUGAAAGAAUGUCCGUUUCCCAAUUUUACCGUUUAGAAUGAAAGAGUGCUUUUUGGUUUUGGUCUAUUUCCUAUUUAUAGGCCUUCAUGGUAAGAAGACCAAUAGUUUUAAAGGUGGGCUGUGUUAUUGUAUUACAUUGGCUGUAGAAUAGGUGCAUAUGUAGAGUGUGUUAACAACAUUUCACUGUAAACAGUGGUUGUAUGGUUUUACAUAUUUCUAGGAUAAUUGCCUAUAGGCAAGUGGUGUAGUGGUGCCCGAAGAAUAGGUAUACUCUUCAUUUUGGCAAAAAUGUCCCAAACAGCAUGCCCGGCGAAGGAAAGGCGCUCUGUGUGAAAAAUUCUAUGAGAAACAGUGACAUUCAUUCUGUAUUACCUAAAAUGAUAAAUCCCAUAUUGGUCUUUCACAGUCAGGCCAACCCAAGCUGUACUGUGCAAGGAGGCUAAUUGCAGGCGUACUAUUGAAACAGAUAAAUUAGGCUGUCAACUAAAUCAGAAAUUCAAAGGUUUCAGAUGUAUUUUUUCAGAUUUUCACUCUCAAAAUCACACAAUUGGAUGUUCUAAGUCCAUAAAAAUGCUUAAACUACAUCAGGAGACCACUUUUGAGGUCUGGGAAAAAUCUAAGAUAAAACCAUUUUUGUGUAGUUCAAAUCAAAGUUUAUUUGUCACGUGCGCCGAAUACAACAGGUGUAGGUAGACCUUACAGUGAAAUGCUUACUUACAGACUCUAACCAAUAGUGCGAAAGAAAAAGGUGUGUGUGUGUAGGUAAGUAAAGAACUAAAACAACAGUAAAUCAAAUCAAAUCAAAUUUUAUUUGUCGCAUACACAUGGUUAGCAGAUGUUAAUGCGAGUGUAGCGAAAUGCUUGUGCUUCUAGUUCUAAAAGACAUUUGAAAAUAACAGUAGCAAGGCUAUAUACAGGCACUGGUUAGUCAGGCUGAUUGAGGUAGUAUGUACAUGUAGAUAUGGUUAAAGUGACUAUGCAUAUAUGAUGAACAGAGAGUAGCAGUAGCAUAAAAGAGGGGUUGGCGGGUGGUGGGACACAAUGCAGAUAGCCCGGUUGCCAAUGUCCGGGAGCACUGGUUGGUCGGGCCAAUUGAGGUAGUAUGUACAUGAGUGUAUAGUUAAAGUGACUAUGCAUAUAAGAUAAACAGAGUAGCAGCAGCGUAAAAGAGGGGUUACUCUUUAAUUCAAGUGUGCAGGCAACUAGCACUAUUGUUUUGUUAGUGGUGUUUCUGUAGCACAUGAGAUGGAGUUUGCAAGACAAAUGGCCACUGGAUUAAUGCAAAUAAUCAUGAUAUCAUUCUGCCAGGUAGGCGUAGGCUACUUUGUAGCUAGUUAACAUUUAAUAGACAAGGUUUUUGGAAAAGCCUUUCCAUCUACCAGAAGACAGUUAGGCCUAUCAUUAGCAUCGCUAUAAUUUUCCUGUUCCUUAAUUGUUUGAAACCUGGACAUUUUACUUCAUAUUAUGAGGCAGGUCUUACCAUUGCAUAGAAACAUGGAGGUAAUAUGCGUUCUCCUGUUCUACUGGUUUUCGUUCAACUUUAUUUCUUUGUCUAGCAGCCAAAUGCAUCAUCCUAUUCAUAUUAGCAACUGAUGAAGGUUGUUGCAUCUUUAGAUCUCCCUCAUAUCUAAUUUUCUUAUGGAUAUUUUAAUCUCCAUCCAUCAAACCUCUCACAUAUGCUGUGCACAUUUUAGAGUGGUGUUUUCUUGCUAAUUGCAUUUUGGAACAUUCCCAUGUAGACCUACCGCCGUGUGCCCAUUGCAGCAUCUAAAAUGUGAAGAAAUAAUAGUUUAUCAACAUUUAAGCUAAACAUUAAGAAAUAUACGCAUGCCCACUGAAAAAUAAGUGGGUAUACGGUGUAAACCUGCGCAUACCCUCCACUACACACACCACUGAGGCCUGCUAUUUGUUGUGUUUAUGUAGAGAGAAAUUGCAGUUUUUCUCAUGAACUUGAGUUAAAAAGUGUGUUGUAAUACAUGGUGGGUAGAUCUUGUCAAGAAUAAAUGCAUAAAUGUCAUAGGCCUACCUGAAUUUAUUUUGGAUGUUGUAUCAAAUAUUUUGAUGUAUUGGCAACCCCUCUCUGAUAUGGUUUAAUAUUAUUUAUAAUGUUAGAUUUAUAUAUAUAACACAAUUAAAACUAAGCUGAUAACAUAUUUGUAUUUAUUUGUAUGAGAUAACAUGAAUUAAUAAAUAAAUCAAAUGUAUUUGUUUUAUAUAA